AUGAGUGUGCAGGAGUAUGCUGAGAAAUUUAAUGAGUACGCAAGGUUUUGUCCUAAUGUAGUGCCUGAUGAGAGAUCCAAGGCUCAAAAGUUUAAAGAUGGACUGACUUUUAGGAUCCAAAAGAAGGUGAUCGGGGCUAGAGGUCAAGGAUAUAGGCAUAAGAGGAAAGGGAAUGGUGAGAGUUCAUCGAACCCUCAAGGUUAUGACAAGAGACCACGCCUAGGGGGUAAUAGCAAUGGGAAUGGUGGAAAUGGUCAGCAGGGAGGCCGUAACAACAACAAUCAAAGCAAUAACCACCGGGACCAGGGACAACAGAAUCAGCAAGGAUCUCGCAAUCGACCAUGCCGUAAAUGUGACAAGAGCCAUCCAGGACGCAAUUGCAAUGGAGAUUUUCUUACUUGCUUUGAAUGUGGGGAGGUUGGUCACAAGAAAUUUGAUUACCCAAAGAAGCAUAAUGGCAAUAAUCAAGCUCAGAAUGGGCAAGGUAACAACAAUGGCAAUAAGGGAGGUGGUUAUGGGAGGAACUCAAACUACAACAACCGCUUCAACAACAACAAUUCUCAGGGCCAAAAUGGCAAUGCUCAAGGAGGGAAUGGCCAAAGAAACAACAAUGGCUGA